GUGUGAGAACCAAAGUAAAUGGACUGUGAAAGGAUGUAUUAUGUGAUGACAUAGAGACUUGUGUUUGUUUGUCAAUAUAGACCUUGCCUAUACCUUCCCUACUAUACAAAUCACUAUACAGCAAGCAAUGAUUGAUGUCUUUGUCAAAUUCCAUGGAAUCAGAAUUCAAAUUCAAUGCAGUCUCGGGAGAUUCCAUUCAGUAUGUUUCAUAUAAGCACUGGAAGGUUUUCUAAUUAUCACACAUAUGCACAAUGGCUCGUCGUGGCCAGCUUCCAGUUUUACGACCUCCAUAUGACAUUCAAGAUGAACCAUUCCAACGUCCAAGUCCCCGAAAUAAUGAACCAGAGACCCGAAUUAUGCCCUAUUCUGGAAACAACACAGAAAGACAAAGUCGUGGUCCUUCUCGGCUCGAUCUUCUGGAGGAGAGAUUAGCACAGCAAGAGAAAAAUUCCCAAAAUCUGGUGGACCGAGCUUUUAAAAUUAAAGAGGAUGUCAUUGACAGUUUGAAUUUUACUCAUGGAACUUGGCAGGAAGAAAAACAUGCCAGAAACAUGCUCCAGGAACAUAUACGCACCAUUACUGCUGUUGUCAAUCGGCUCAACAAUGAUAUAUCACAACUGGAAGAUAGCGUUCGUCACCGUGACAAUGCUACCUUGGGAACCAACAAUGCUGUAAAGAAUCUCGAAGUACAUCAUGUGGCCUCCCUUACAGAUCUCCGUGGACGAAUCGUACGGUGUGACACCUCCAUAUCUCGCCUCUCCACAGAACUGCACAAUGCUACAGCUGCCAUUAAACAAAUGUCACAGCAACAAAAUGACAUGCAAGGAAAAAUCAUUGAGCGGAUCCAUGAAGUAGAGGCACGGUUGGUAUCAGUUCAGAACAAUCAAGAACGAGUGGCUAGUGAGAACAAAAUGAAGCUACAACAUUUAGAAGGAGACACUGGUCAACAGAUGGCAACAUUAGACAGUCGGACACGGAGCAUCAUCGAUGACCUGAAAAAUUCAUUGGCCUUGUAUCAGUCUAACUCUGACGGUGAGCGAGAAAAACUGGAGGCCAGGCUGAUGUCAAAUUUAGAGAGAAUCUCAGGAGCCAAAGACAAUCUUAUAGAAAGAGUUGAACGAAAGAUAGAUGAGAGUAACUUCGUGACAGAUAACAGAAUUCAGAAGAUAGAGGAGGCUAUAUUGGAGGAAAAGGCCAAAAUAGCAGACAUCGAACAUCAUUUGGAGAACAAAAUAACGUCUCGCCUGGAACAAAUGGCUGUUACACAAAAGGAGGAAUUCGCACGUCUGAAACGCGAGACCCGAGAGGGCUUCUCCACAGUUCACGAGAGCAUCACCAAUAUGAAGACUGUAAUGGAGGGAAAACGAAAACUUCUGGAGGACCAGUUACGAAAGGAAAUCAGUCAAAUCCGCAAAAUGGUGGUUCUAGUGUGAUGUGAAAACUAGCGCUCUGUAAAACAUCAGGCUGUGUUCAACCCGAUCCAAGACAAUGUUUUUUGUAUGCAUCAACCACCAUUACACAGUUUGAAGUAUAUUUAAAAUCAGUGAAGGAUACAAUGAAUAUAUCUGUGGGGAAAAUUAACAAAUAUUUUAAUGUUUUAAAACAUAAAUAAGAACAAUUACAAAACAUACAGUCUACUGUGGAUAUAUAGAAAUUCAGGGGACCAACCUAGAUUGUUCAUUAUAUCCAAAGUUCAAUAUAACUGAUGUUAAACCAUAUCAAUAAUGUUACUGGGGAUUUAUUUUCACUUCAAUAUAACAGAGAGUUCAGUAUAACCGACUUUGACAUAAGCGGAGUAGACUGUAUUAUACAUGGAAUAUGGAACAGUUCGAUCUGACACUAUAAUUCUCAGUAUUAAUAUAUUCUUAACUGUAACAGUGUACCAUUAGUAUAACUGACAAUCACAAAGAAUCAGUAUGAAACCUUCACCUUGACCACCGAGUCCCUGCAGUUCAAGUUUUCUCUAAGCACCUCUGUAUAAUUAUGAAUUUUGUUUUAGAGGUCCAAGGGUAGCACGUUGAAUUUUGAUCUUAGGUGCAAAUGUAUGUGGGAAUUUGUGAAUUGUUUUGUUAAUAAAGUUAUAAUUAACCAGGCACUGCUUUAAUCGUUGAACCAAUCAAUUUGUCUCAGUGUGCAUUUCAUGCUCUGUAAAUGCAUGUAAAAAUGGAUAGUUUGUGUGUAGUAUCAUUAUUCGUUUGCAAUGAAAACCACUGUAAAAAUAUAACGCGUUCACCAGUGGUCAUAUAAGGUAUAAAUGUUGAACUUGUUUGUAUUGUGGGAGAACUGAAUGAAUGGGGAAUUUAUACUCCCACAAUACUAACUUAAAUAAGACAUGUAUUCUUUAUAUCUAUAAUCUGUUUAUAAUUCUUUAUUUUAGUUGUUUCUUUUUACAGAUUUACAAGUCAGUGUUUUUAUCAAGAAAUAGAAAGAAACAGUAUAUUUUAUUAUGACAAAACAUUCGUUAAUAAAACAUUAUAAUGCAUUUCUUACUAGAGUAGUCCCCCUUUCAUUAUGAAAUUUUUUUAAUCAUUAUGUGCACUUUGUAUUUGCAUUUUCACAAUCAUGCAUUUUGCAAUGCAAGCUAGUUCUUCCAUUUAGUCUGCAUGCUCAUUUUACAUGUCAUCCUGUGAUGUAGAACGCCAAGAGAUUCAUUUAAUAAAGUAGAAUUUUUGUUUUUUCUUUGA